CACACGUCCUGAUGUCUCGGUUUAUUCGGAUUAUAAUUCGCUUUCAUUUUGUGCAUGUUUGACAGUCUGAUUGCGCGGAUCUGACGCGAUUGAAUUUGCGGAGUUGGAAACUUGAGUCAUCUGGGUAGAUCUGGGUAAAUAGAUGUUAAUGCAGGUAUCAGAUGAUAAACACUGCUGCUAGAAUUAUUCUCAGAAAGUUUAUAUAUGGCGCAUGUGUGCGUUGUAAUCCUGUAUAAAUGCGCCGCUUAAACUAGUUCAGAUCGAUUAGUAUAGCGGCUAAUUUGAUUUCCUUUGUGCACUUGCUCUGUAUGUGAUUAAUCGGCUCGAUGUCUAUUUGCGGCUGUUUCUAAGAAGCCUAACUAGGUGACCUAUGUAGUGCAGUUCUCAGUGUUUACACACAAUCUGCGAUUAUUAGGCAAUUAUUUGCUCCUUUUUAUAUCUGAUCUAGAAAAUAAUAAGCGAUCUAGAUGCUGGAUCUCCGACCAUCACGUUUCCUCUUAUUAUUUUGCAAUCUUUGACAAUCCAAACCAGCUCCAUCCAAUCAGAUCCGAUCCAAACUGAAUGAAUGAAUGAAAGCCGGGUGAAUUCAAGGGGCAUUAAGUCUGUCCUGUGGGCGCCUGGAUGGCCAUGUCAUAUCCAGCAGGAUGCAUAUUAAUGGCAGCAGUAGUGAAGAUGCCCGCAUGCCCAGUUCCUCAUGCCGCCUCCUGCCCGCUAUCUGUCUGGGCAUCGCGGCGGCCGCUGUGUUCUUUCAGUCCGGAUACGGAGGAUUUACCGUGACCUCGUUUUUCCUCAAGCUCUUCAUCUACCUUUCAUUCGCGCUCUUCUGCAUCUUAUUGGGCAGUCUGGUAUCAGUGGUCAAAAAGAGUCCACCCAGAGUAAGCCCAUUCGACCCCUUCAGGAGGCACACGGACAAACUGUGGGAUUUAUUCAACAGGUUGAGGGGGCGGUUUUCUGUACCGUUGCUUGACUCUGUGCAGACCAGGCGAGUAGUGGUGUCACACAAUGUGGAUAAAGCUCUGAAAGAAGUGUUUGACUACAGCUACAGGGACUACAUUCUGUCAUGGUACCAUCCUCUCAGUCGAGACGAGGGACAGCUGUAUCAGAUGUUGUCUGAAGAUUUCUGGGAGAUGACAAAACAGUUUCGGGCUCGCCUUGCCGAGGUGGAUGUGGUUAAUGUGGUUUGCAACAACACGGUGAAGACCCUACAUACUCAUUUUUGUGACCUCAAGGCCGCCAACACCAGGCAGGAGGAGUUGCCGAGGCCCUUCCCACUGCACCCGUGCCUGCGCAGUCCAGAGGAGGAGCUGCAUUUUUUGCGCUGCUGUUCACGCCUGCUUCUUCUCUGCUUGCUGCCUACACGUGAUGCUCGGUCCCGCAGCCUGCGCCUCGUCCUAGUUGAGGUCAUCACUACCAAAGUGCUUAAACCGUUGGUGGAGGCGCUAAGCGAUCCUGACUACAUUAAUCAGAUGCUGUUGGUUCAGUUGGAACAUCGGGAGCAGGUGAACGAACAUCAUAAGAAGGCGUACACGUACGCACCCUCUUACGAGGAGUUUAUUAAACUCAUCAGCAGCAGCUCCGACAUCGACUUUCUCAAACAGCUCAGGUAUCAGAUAGUUGUGGAGAUUAUUCAGGCCACUACUAUCAGCAGCAUCCCACAACUUAAGAAGCAAAAAGACACUAAAGGGAAGGAGACAGCAGCUAUGAAGGCAGAUCUGCUACGAGCUAGGAAUAUGAAGCGCUACAUUAACCAGCUCACUGUAGCAAAGAAGCAGUGUGAGAAAAGAAUUCGACUGCUUGGGGGUCCCAACUACGAGCAGCAGGAAGAUGGGAACCAGGACGACGUCGAUGGGCCACAGGGACAGAAGAUUCUUCAGUUCGAACAGAUCAUGUCAAAUGCUGUAUUUCGGGAGCAUUUCCGAGUGUAUAUGGAGCGAGUGGAUAAGAGAGCCCUUAUCAGUUUUUGGGAACUGGUGGAGACCCUCAAGAGUGCCAACAAGACUGAGGUGCCACAGCUGGUGGGUGAGAUCUACCAGAACUUUUUUGUGGAGAGUCGGGAGAUCCCGGUGGAAAAAGCUCUGUAUAAGGAGAUUCAGCAGACUCUGGUUGGGAACAAGGGCACUGAUGUCUUUCACAAGAUCCAGAGUGACGUCUAUGAGACCAUGAAGGAGAGAUAUUACCCAUCAUUCCUUGUAAGUGACCUGUAUGAGCGACUCAUAAAGAGGGAGGAACAGAGAAGCAGCUCACAGUCCAGCAGUGAGGACAAAGAUGAUGGAUGCCAGGCCAUAGACGGGGGAGAGGUGACGCUGGACGAGGGCAGUAAAGGCAUUAAUGAGCAGGCCAGCUAUGCUGCUAACAAACUCCAACAACUCUACGAAAGACUGGAGUACAAACGCCAAGCACUGGGAUCCAUUCAGAAUGCUCCCAGACCCGACAAAAAGAUUGUAUCUUUGCUGAAGGAGGAGAUCGGGGUGAUGGAGAAGGAGCACAGUGACCUACAGCUGCAUAUUUCACGGACAGACUGGUGGUGUGAAAAUCUGGGCUCGUGGAGGGCUGUCAUUAACACAGCAGAGACGUGCGAGGAGAACGGUGAGCAAAUGGCACGCUACUCGGUUGCCGUGAGCCUGUCGGAAGAGGACGAGUCUGAGAACAGUCGCUGGAACGUCAUCAGGAAGCUGAGCGAGUUUCAGAGCCUGCACAGAAAGCUGACCGAGUGUUUUCCCUUGUUGAAGAAGGUCCAGCUGCCCUCACUCAGCAAACUGCCAUUUAAGUCUAUUGACCAAAAAUUCCUCGAGAAAUCCAAAAAUCAACUCAACACUUUUUUACAGAAAAUGCUAACCGAUGAGCGAAUGUGCCAGAGCGAGGCUCUGUAUGCAUUCCUCAGCCCUUCACCAGAGCACCUUAAGGUCAUUGAUAUUCAGAAAAAACCCAGCUUCUCCCUCGCCUCUUUUCUGGAGAAACUGCCUGGAGACUUCUUCUCCCAUCAGGAGGAUGAGGCCGAGGAUGACAGUGAUCUCUCUGAUUACGGUGAUGAGGUUGAUGGAAAGAAAGAUGCGCUCGCCGAGCCUUUCUUCAUGCUUAUCGGAGAGGUCUUUGAACUCAGGGGGAUGUUCAAGUGGGUCCGGAAGACACUAAUUGCACUAGUUCAAGUCACUUUUGGACGGACAAUAAACAAGCAGAUCAAAGACACAGUAAACUGGAUCUUCAGUGAACAGAUGAUGGUUUACUACAUUAAUAUAUUCCGGGACACGUUCUGGCCCAAUGGCAAGCUGGCACCUUAUAAAAAUGCUCGAUCAGACGCACAGCGGCGCGAAACCAAGGAAAGAGCUCAGCAGAAACUGCUGGACAACAUUCCAGAUGCACUACAGAAUCUAGUGGGGCAGCAGAAUGCCAGAUAUGGAAUCAUUAAGAUCUUCAAUGCACUCCAGGAAGCCAGAGCCAACAAGCAUCUUCUUUAUUUUCUUCUAGAGAUGCUCCUGAAAGAACUCUGUCCUGAUUUGAGUGUAGAGCUGGAACAGGUCUGAUCACACUCACAUACCCACCCGUGGAUGGAAGGUUCACCUCAGCUUCAGUUCCUUUAUGUUAUUAUGCUGGAAGGAUAAAUUUCUGACUCUGAAAAUACUUGACUCAACAGCACACACACACACAUUACCAUCAUGUUUUUCAUUGAGUUUCUCUUACAUUUCUUUCCCUUGCUGGUCACAUCAGGUCUGUUUGUUUCCUUUUGUGGACUGAGUGUUGUAAUUUAAAAAAGAGAAUGAAAAAUGGAACGAAAAUGAAAAACUAGACCUCUUGAACCUCUCUACCUACAGUACAGUACAGUACAAUACAGUACAUAUUGUGAUCAUUAUCAAGGCUUUUAAUUGUGCAAUAUGUCAUGUAAAGUUAGUGUGAUGGUUUCAUUUGUGAUAUUAUUAAUAUUAUUAUUAUAGUUUUUAUUUUUACCAAAAAUAGACUAGAGCAUUUAUAAGCAAUAAAUUCCAAAAGAA